UCAAAGAGCAAAACACCAUAAUUGGCCCCAGAAAAAACAGGGGAUCCUUAUUACACCAAAGAAUUUGGUGCGAAAGAAAAAGUCCGAGUCUCUUACAUUGAUCUACCCUCAUGGCCCCUUCUAAGAUGACCAAAUCUUCAUCCCAAAAUAGAAAUUUUCUUUCCUCUUACAAAUUCCCUUCUCUUCUUCACUCUCUCACUCUCUCUCUCGAACCUUCAACCUAUUUGCCAUGGCUGAAGCGCAACCCACCUCAGCCAAUUCGCAAAAAGCCUCAAAACCCAAAUCCUCCUCAUUUCUACGUAAACUUCAUAAACGGGCACCAACCCCUUCUCAGUUCGUCGGCCUCGUCACCAUCUUCAUCAUCGCCUCCAUCUCCCUCUUCGUCGCUGGUCUAACUGUCGCCGGGAUCACUCUAACUCUCGUUGUCCUCACGCCGUUAGUCGUCUUAUCCAGUCCCAUCUGGGUCCCCGCCGCUGCCAUCUUCUUCCUCUUCGUCGCCGGAUUUCUGGCCGUCUGCGGAUUCGCUGCCGUCGUCCUGGCAUCGUUGUCGUGGACGUGCCGGUACUUCCGUGGACUCCACCCGCCCGGUUCGGACCGGGUCGACUACGCGCGGAGCCGAAUCUGUGACACGGCGAGCCAUGUGAAGGAUUGUGCUUGGGAGUAUGGUCGCCUUUUGCAGGGCAAGGUGAAGGACGCCGCGCCGGGCGCUUGAUUUUUUGUUUUGGGUUUUGCCUGCAUGAUUUUGAUUUUGAUUUUGUGUGCUAAUUUAGAAACAGGGAUUAUUUUUUGUUAAUUGAGAGUAAGUUAGGCUAUAUUUGC